CGCGGGCGAAGGCGUCCAGCGCCUGCGCACUUGCGCGCUCCGUUUACACGCUCCGAGGCCUGGAGACGCCGCGAGUUCCGGCUGUCGCGGCGGCUACAGACCUCUGGGUCGGUUGCGACGAGUAACGGCGCCGGGGAUCGCUCUGCCCCCUUCUCCGACAUGUACCCGACUUGGGGCCGGUAUGGCGGAGCCAGCCAUUACCCGCCGCCCCCGGUGCCUCCGCCGCCUCCGCCCGUGGGGCUCCCCGAGGCCUCCCCGGGGCCCGGCGGCUACUCGAGCGCGGCGGCGCCGGCGGCCCCUGCCUCCUCAGGCUUCCUGAGCUUCCGCGAGCAGCACUUGGCGCAGCUCCAGCAGCUGCAGCAGAUGCACCAGAAGCAGAUGCAGUGCGUCCUUCAGCCCCAUCACCUCCCCCCGCCGCCCUUGCCGCCCCCUCCGGUCAUGCCCGGCGGGGGCUACGGGGACUGGCAGCCGCCGCCGCCGCCUAUGCCCCCACCGCCGGGACCGGUCCUAAGCUAUCAGAAGCAGCAGCAGUACAAGCAUCAGAUGCUCCAGCAGCACCGAGAUGGGCCCCCUGGUCCAGUACCCAUGGAGCUGGAUUCCCCUCCCGAGUCUCCCCCGGUGCCCCCGGGUUCCUACAUCCCUCCUUCCCAAUCUUACAUGCCCCCCGCUCAACCUCCGCCCUCUUAUUUCCCCCAAUCCUCAUCCCAGUCCUACCUGCCACCAGCUCAACCAUCCCCUUCCCAGUCCCCACCUUCCCAAUCCUACAUUGCACCUUCUCAGUCCACCCCAUCCUACUCCACCUCCUCUCAAUCAUACUUGCCCCAUUCCCAGCCUUAUUUGCCCCAAUCCCAGUCAUCUCCUUCCCACUCCUCUCAGUCCCAUUCCAAAUCACAACUGGCUUCACUACAACCCAGCCCUUCUGGUACCAGUACAGCUGCCCAGCAAGAGCCACUGGAGAGUGGUGCCAAGAACACAGGUGCUGAGCAGCCCGUCCCUCCUCAACCAGAUCCUUCCACUAUGACCCCACAGGAACAGCAGCAGUAUUGGUACAAACAGCAUUUGCUUAGCCUGCAGCAGAGGGCAAAAGCACAUGCACAGGGACAACAACCACUAAAGGGCCCUGGAAUGGUGAAAGAUAUACCAGAAGCAGCAAAAGAAGAAACUACACCAACCAGUCAGAUACCUGAACCUCCUCCAUGUCAAGAUCCCCCACUGCCACCUCCUAGUGAAGAGGUUCCACCUCCUCUGCCUCCUGAUGAGCCCCAGUCUGAAGACCCUGAAGAAGAGGCCAGAUUAAAGCAAUUACAGGCUGCUGCUGCACAUUGGCAGCAGCAUCAGCAUCACCGAGUUGGCUUUCAAUAUCAGGGAAUCAUGCAGAAGCAUGCCCAGCUGCAGCAGAUCCUGCAACAAUACCAGCAGAUCAUACAGCAGCCACCACAUAUACAGACUAUGUCCGUAGAUAUGCAGCUGAGACACUAUGAGAUGCAACAGCAGCAGUUUCAGCAUCUUUACAAAGAAUGGGAACGAGAGUUUCAGCAGUGGCAAGAUCAGCUCCAUACUUAUCCUCACAAAGAUCAGCUUCAAGAGUAUGAAAAGCAAUGGAACUCAUGGCAGGGACAUUUAAAAGCUACCCAAUCCAGCCUUCAAGAGAAAGUGAGCACACUUCAGAAUGUGAAAAAUCAGUAUAUGGGAAAUAUGACAAUACCACCACCUUUUGUUCCAUACUCUCAAAUGCCUCCAGCAAUACCAACAAUGCCCCCUCCUGUAUUGCCUCCAUCUCUAUCAACAUCACUACCACCACCAGUGAUGCCCCCUACUCUGCCUGCCACAGUGCCACCACCUGUGAUGCCCCCACCAGUGAUGCCUCCAAUACCAACAUCUGUUCCUCCACCUGGGGUGCCUCCAUCUCUGCCUUCAGCUGGGCCUCCACCGGUUCUUCCUCCACCAUCUCUCUCUUCAUCUGGGCCUCCUCCAGUUCUUCCUCCACCAUCUCUCUCUUCAACAGGACCUCCACCUGUUCUUCCCCCACCAUCUCUUUCUUCAACAGCAGCACCACCUGUCUUGCCUCCCCCACCUUUGUCAUCAGCAACACCCCCUCCAGGAAUGCCUCCCCCAAAUCUCUCUUCAGCUGUUCUCCCUCAAGGGUUACCCCCUCAAUUAACUACCACAUCAGUUCCACCAGUUGCCGGUUCUCAAAGUUCAAAACCUCCAGACAAACCUAGGCCAGCACUACUUCCCACUCCUAUAUCCUUUGGUUCACCUCCACCUUACCAUCCUCCAGUAAAAUCGUCCAUGGGCUCUUCAGAACAAGUGAAUUCUAAAGCUCCUCUGCCAUUCAGUUCUUUUUCAUCUGAACAAGGACAUAUGGAACCCAAAAUUUCUACCACAGGAUCUUCAUCUGCUUCAAAUCAGCCUGGUAACACAAUUAAAGACACACCAGUGAGAUCAGGUGGGCUGCUUCCAGAUCCUCCUAGAAGUGCUUACUUGGAAGGUCCAAGAGGAGGUCCUAGGUUUGAUGGUCCUCGAGGAAGAUUUGAUUCACCAGGGGCAAGAUGCGAAGGACCAAGACCUAAAGGACCUCGUUUUGAAGGACAUCGUUCAGAUGGACCAAGACCCAAAUAUGAAGGGCACCACUCAGAGGGUACCUCUAAAAGCAAAUGGGGGACAAUUCCCCGGGGGCCUGCAUCUCAGUUUUAUAUUUCUUCAAAUACUUCCCAAGGCCCUCGACAAAGUGGACCUCAGUGGAGAGGAUCUAAGCCAGCUUAUGGCCAGCAGCAACAACAGCAACAUCCACCUAAAUCACAAGCAGAAUCUCAUCUGGGAAACAAGGAACCUUUGAUAGACCCCAGUAGUGGACAACAAAAGAACAACAGAAUGUCUCCAACUCCAUUUUCUCUUACUACAGAUGUGAAGGAAUCAAAGUCAUUUCAGUCCAGUGAGAAAAUAAAAGAUGUUCAACAUGAUAUCCCCCAAUCUGAAGUCCAAGCAGGAUCCAAUGAUCCUUCAAAUUGGAGUCAGAAUUCUCAAAAUAUGGAAAAACAAAUAGAUAAAACUGGUCAGCCUAUACCUGGACAAUGCCAGAAACCCUUUGUAAACAAAUCAUCUAUUCAAUCAACUUUUCCAUCAAGAACAGGAGGAAUGGAUGGAGGAGGAGCACCACCUAUGUCAUCAUUAACUGCAAAUAAUGAUUUAAAAUCUGUAGGUGUUGGUAUUCCUCAGUUAGAAAAUAACCAGGACAAGGGAUUGACCAGGCUAGAUAACAGAGAUCAUAGACCAGAAGGCAAUAGAGGUAGCAGUUCAUCUUACAGAGGUAGAGGACAAGGAAGAAUUGAAGACAUGAGGGAAAAGGGCCUAACAAACAGAGGUAGAGGACAAAUAAUUAAUCAGGGACCAGGGAUGGGUAAACCAGAAGACAUUAGAGAGAAAAUAAUUGGCAGAAGGGAAGAGAGUCGAGAGAAGAUGGGUAGGCAAGAAGGUAGUCGAGAGAGACUGAUGGGAAGACGAUCAGGCAGCCGAGAUAGAGGAUUAGGAAGACUGGGAAGCAGUAGGGAAAAAAUUCCAGGUAGUCAGGCAGACAUCCAAGAUAGGGGGAGAGCCGGCAGCCGGGAAAGAGGACCUCCCCGGAGGGCCAACAGUCAAGAGAGAGGACCUCCUAGAAGGGCUGGGAGUCGGGAGAGAGGACCUCCACUACACAGGGCUGGAAGCAGAGAGAGGGGACCACCUCGGCGUCCUGGAAGUCGGGAAAGGGGACUUGGCAGACCAGAAUUUGGGAGGGAUAAAGGUAUACCCAGACUAGAACCUGGUAAUGUAGAUAAAUCAGUUAGGAUUGGAGAUGGGGAAAAAAUGCCCCCUUAUCAUCGAGAUGAAGCAUCUAGGGCUCCCUGGAAUCAUGGAGAGGAUAGAGGACAUGAAGACUUUGCAUUAGAUGGUAGAAAUGUCCCUCCCUUAGAACGGGAAAGACUUGAUGAUUGGGACAGAGAGAGGUAUUGGAGAGAAUGUGAGCCAGAUUAUCAAGAUGAUGUAGAUCCAUACAACAGAGAGGAUAGAUUUUCACUGCCACCUUCUCGGUCCCAUGAUGUGGAUCGUCGAGGAUCUUGGUGGGAUGAUUGGGAUAGAGAUCGGGAUAUGGAUCGGGACUUCCGGGAUAUGGAUAGGGAAAUGGACAGGGACCGGGACAGAGACCGGGACCGGAUGGGAAGACCUAUGGAUAUGUAUGACCGAGAAUUGGAUAGAGAAUGGGACAGAGAUUACAUGAGACCAAUGGAUGACCAAGAAUCACAAUUUCAUGAACGUGAUAUUCCUCCCCUUCCACCUUUGCCACCCCUUCCACCUCUUCCACCUUUGGAUCGAUAUCGUGAUGACAGAUGGAGAGAUGAAAGAGACAGAGAUCACAUGUAUGAUCGGGACCUUCGUGACAGGGGAGAGUUGAGAAUUAGAGAAUAUCCUGAGAGAGGAGAAACAUGGCGGGAAAAACGAGAUUACCUUCCUGAGCGAAUGGACUGGGAAAGAGAACGGUUGUCAGACAGAUGGUACUCAUCUGAUGUAGAUAGACAUUCCCCUAUGGGGGAUCAUAUGCCACCUAUUCCCCCAUCACACCAUUCAUCUGAAAUGUUGGGAGCAGAAGGAAACCUGGACUCUGAUCAGUCUCUUGGAGGGGUAAUGGUCCUUAGUCAAAGGCAGCAUGAAAUAAUUUUGAAAGCUGCACAGGAACUGAAAAUGCUACGAGAACAGAAAGAACAGCUUCAGAAACUCAAAGACUUUGCCACUGAGCCGCAGGCACCUGAUCUUCCACCACCACCACCUGAGCCACCAAGAUUGCAGACUGCAUCUUCACGUCCACCAGGAAUCUUUCAGCCUCCAGGAUCUUACAGGCCACCUCCUCCUAUGGGUAAACCAACCCUUCCAGGGAUGAGACAAUCUGCUCCAUCAGCAAGACCGUCUCUUCCUAUGACAAGGCCACCUGUCCCAAUACCACCUCCCCCUCCAGUGGUAAAGCCUCAGCCUGCUGCUAUGGAACAAGAACGUUGGGAUGAAGAUUCUUUUCAUGGACUCUGGGAUACAAAUGAAGAUAAAGGAUUGAAUUCAGAAUAUACCUCAGAGACAGGUCCACCAUCUGUUGCAAUGAAAGCACCACCUAUUCAUCCUUCUAUUCCCCCUCCAAGCCCAAUUCCUGUGGUUAUGCAGUCAAUGUCUAAACCCCCACCAGUGCAGCAGACAGUAGACUAUGGCCAUGGCCGAGACAUAUCCACCAAUAAAAUUGAACAAAUACCUUAUGGGGAGAGAAUAACUCUUCGUCCUGACCCCUUGCCUGAAAGAUCAGCUUUUGAGACAGAGCAUCCAGGCCAACGAGACCGUUAUGAUAGAGAUAGGGAUCGUGAACCUUAUUUUGAUCGUCAGAGCAACAUCAUGGUAGAUCAUAGAGAUUUUAAAAGGGAUAGAGAAACACACAGGGACCGAGACCGUGAUCGCGGCAUUAUUGAAUAUGAUCGUGAUAGAUUUGACAGAGAUCGCCGUCCUCGUGAAGAUCGAGCACCCCCAAUCACACCUUCAAGGACACAGUCUUAUCGUGAUAAAAAAGAACACUCCUCAUCCAGACGUGGCGGAUUUGAUAGGCCUUCAUAUGAACGGAAAACUGACAGGCCAGCUUAUGACCAUGGACCUUCCAUGUUUGGAGGAGACCGAAGGACUUAUCCUGAGGAACGGAUGCCUAUGUCUGCACCAUCAUUAAGUCACCAGCCACCUCCGGCACCUCGGGUAGAGAAGAAACCCGAAUCUAAGAAUGUAGAUGAUAUUCUGAAACCACCAGGCCGAGAGAGCCGACCUGAGAGAAUAGUUGUCAUAAUGAGAGGAUUACCUGGAAGUGGAAAGACACAUGUUGCAAAACUUAUUCGUGAUAAGGAAGUGGAGUGUGGGGGACCUGCACCUAGAGUUCUCAGCCUGGAUGAUUACUUUAUCACAGAAGUGGAAAAAGAAGAAAAAGACCCUGAUACUGGAAAGAGAGUAAAAAAGAAGGUAAUGGAAUAUGAAUAUGAAGCUGAUAUGGAGGAGACCUACCGUACCAGCAUGUUCAAAACUUUCAAGAAGACCUUGGAUGAUGGCUUUUUCCCCUUCAUAAUUCUAGAUGCCAUUAAUGACCGAGUUAGGCAUUUUGAACAGUUUUGGAGUGCUGCAAAAACCAAGGGCUUUGAGGUAUAUUUAGCUGAAAUGAGUGCAGACAACCAAACUUGUGGCAAAAGGAAUAUCCAUGGAAGAAAACUUAAGGAAAUUAAUAAGAUGGCUGAUCACUGGGAGACUGCACCUCGUCACAUGAUGCGUCUAGACAUCCGUUCCUUGUUGCAAGAUGCUGCUAUUGAAGAGGUGGAGAUGGAAGAUUUUGAUGCAAAUAUUGAAGAGCAGAAAGAAGAAAAGAAAGACGCGGAGGAAGAGGAAAGCGAACUGAGGUGGCCUCGAGAAUACCGUAGUACACAGCGUGCAGUGCCGCCAAGCUCCUGAGAUCUUUGGUGAAAGCCUUGUUUGCAGUGGGGGAUUGUCAUCACCAAAAGCUACCUCCCUGGGCAUCAACUGCAGUGGAUAACUAGAGACUUUUGAUAGCCCCUGGCUGAUUGGCUGUUUUCCAGCUGAUAGUAGUGAGUGAACUGCAGUGCAUUUAAGGUCUGUGACACUGUAAAGUCCAGUUAAGUUCCUGCGGCAAGUUGAUCUGAAGUGCUAUGUAAGUGUGUCCUGGAUCCCUCAGCUAAAGUACUAGGUACUCCCCUACAUCUGGGGCCUUAGCCAAUGCUGGAUAUCACUGGCUAUUACCACACGGUCUCUCUAUCCCACAGAGGUAGGAUACUUUUUAAAAAAUAUAUCCAUUGUGGACAACCUAGAAAUUCGAUACCCAGCUGAGCAGUAUCACCAAGACCAGGAUAGAAGUCCUUGGAAUCCUUAAUGAGUUCCAAAUACCCCAUGUAAGUUAACCCUGCAUAACACACAUGUGAAGCUGACCAGUUGCAUUUAACUGAUGCAAUUUCAUAGUAUUAAAUCUCUUGAGACUCAGGGAAGAGAAUACUGGCAAAGAAAUGGCAUUAGUCCCAUUUCUUUUUUUGCUUUCCCAUAUGAAUAAAGCAAUAUUCUUUGUCCUUUUAUGCAAAUGCAUGUUAAGCCCAGGCCAGUGUCUUUCUGGCACAUUAUUCCACAUUUCUUGUCAUGAAAAAUGACAGCUCUCUUGCUCUAGUAGAUUCUUAAUUCCGAAGUAGCUCCUGUGGACAGCUGGAAGAUUUGAAUAUCUCAGGAAUGUCACUGUCCAGUUUUGAAAUGAUUUUAUAAAUGGGUUUCUUCCAGGAAGGGUCUGAGUCUUUUCCUGCUGUGACAGCAUUGAAGAAUUCCUGCAGUGUCAGGCUCGCAAUUUCCAGGAACUGGUCUGGGACCUGUCAAGGCACAGAAAUGAACGAAUGACAAGGCCACCACACACAUUACACAAUAUACAUUCCAUGGUGAGUGUUGGGGUGGGCGUCACUGGUCUACUGAGGAAGGCACCAAGGAACCGAGAUCCUCCCUGAAUUUUGUGGGAAUAAGCUCCAGGAUCCCCUUCAACAGGCACCAAAGAAUAAAUACAAACUAAACAGUGGCAAAAACAAGAAUCUUCUGUGAGCACACCAGAAACAUUUCAGGUUACCAUAUUUAUAAAUCACUUACAGGUGGGCUGGCAUUUUAGUAAGCAAGUGUUGCUUACUUGCUUUCAUAUAAAAAUUUUGUGGUUCAUACAAGGCUUUUUUCAGUGUUUUUUUUAAUAAGCCUGAUAUAAAGACUAUAUCCAAGUAAUGGUACCUUUGCUCAUAGCCAGACACUCCCAACUCCCUAACUCCUUUCCUUCCAGGCUAACAUGAGUAUCUCAGAGUUCCUUGGUUCCAGAGCCAGCUGGGAGGCAAGGUCAGAAUUCUGAUUCAGACCAGACCAUAGAAAGUGGACCCAAAUUCCUAGAUUGUCUCCAUGAAUGAUCAGACCCCACCUGUUAAUUCUGGGCUAGCGGACCUGGGGCUUCAUCUGUCUCUGCAUGCCAAAUGGUUGUCCCAAAGUUUAGAGAUGUGGCAUUAACCUUUUCACACAAAUUGUUACACCUUUGUUUUUAAGUAAACGUGAAUAAAUCAAGUAAGCAUCCAAAA